AUGCUUUUUUCCCUCUGCCGGCUGCUAGGUUUACGCAUCCAGGAAUACCUUUAUUUCCAUGUUCUGAGUCCUGGAGAUAUCCGCUACAUCUUCACUGCCACCCCAGCCAAGGAUUUUGGGGGAGUGUUCAACAUGAGAUACGAACAGAUCUACCUUGUACCGUCUGAUCCGCCGGAUGCCUGCGGUGUGUUGAACAACGGGGCCUUCAUCGAAGGCCAGAUUGCUUUGGUGGAGCGCGGGGGCUGCUCCUUUUUAUCCAAGACCCGCACGGUCCAGGAACACGGGGGCCAGGCGGUAAUCAUUGCAGACAAUAGUUACGACAACGACAGUGCCUUCGUGGAGAUGAUUCAGGACGACACCCAACGGACAGCGGACAUCCCUGCUCUUUUCCUCCUGGGGAGAGACGGACACAUGAUCCGUCGGUCUCUGGAGCAGCACGGGCUCCCCUGGGCUGUGAUUUCCAUCCCGGUCAACGUCACCAGCAUUCCCUCUUAUGAACUCCUGCAGCCUCCCUGGAUGAUUUGGUAGCAGAAAGAGGAAGAGUCAGGAGGAAGCAGCGGAGCCCCGCGCUGGCCCGAGCUGGGCUGGAGGGACGUAGCUCACGUCCACAGGCCACCGUCUACCCCUGUCCCGCAGCUGCUGGUCUGCCUUGAGGGCCCGCAGGGUACUUUAUGGAAGACCUUCUGGGCUGAUGAAGGAGAACUGCCCGCACCAGGUCACCUUGAUGGGCUUUUUCUGCAGGCCUGGCGUCCGUUGGGAUGGGACUGGCCGAACCAGCAGCUCUUGAGACGCAAACAGGAAGCUCGGACAGCUGUUGAGGGCCGCUUGUUGGAGGUGGUGGUCAACCUAGCUGGCUUUUCUCAAAUCCAAGAGCGUCACAAGGCAGAGUGUUUGAGAAGGGAAACUUAGGCACGCCCCCACCUGCCAAGUUCGGGUCCUAAACAAAAAGGGGCAUUUAAGGACCCCCUAGUUUUAAAUUCAGAUGCCAGCCUGGCCAACCCAGUAUUGACCUGAUGGAUGUUCCGCUGAGGUUUGUUAAAUAGGCCACAGUUCAUUCAGCAACGAUUUGUGAGUCCCGGUGCCUGAGUUCACACAAGACAGAACAAACUAUGGUUUAAUGCAGUAAGCAAAGACAGGGAUUGGAUGGCAAGGAUGAAGUCCGGGAGGUUGCAUAGCUUCGACUGCCUUUUAUAGUUGCUACUUUACCCCAACCAGCGACAGCUUUAAGGAUCAGAAGCCCAGUCCAAUAAACAUUAAGGUUGCUCAGAAAGAUCAUGAAAUGGGAUCGAGUCAAGUCGUCUUCCUCUCCCAGCCCCCUACCAAAAGCUAGAAGCUUACCCUAAAGAGGGAGGAAAAGAAAGUUCUCAGAAAUCUCCUUGUACCUCAUUUGUGGUGUCUGCAUAAAUAUGAGCACUUCAGUUCAUGAAACCUGGUUUUCCCACAAGAAGUGUGGGAUUUAACCAGUGAACACUAGAAACAGCCUAGUGCAGUGUUUGUCAACCUUGGCGACUUUAAGAU